GCUUUCUUUUCGACUGAUUCUUUUCAAAGAACCUCAGUUAUUAAUUAAAUAGCGGAUUUAAACGAUGGCAGAUGCUGCACCCGAAGAGCAAGUACGCAAAAAGCGUAUCUUCAGAAAAUUCACUUUCCGUGGAGUUGAUCUGGAUCAGCUUUUAGAUAUGCCAAAUGAGCAACUUGCUGAAAUUAUGCACAGCCGUGCUCGUCGGCGAUUUUCUCGUGGAAUGAAACGCAAGCCUAUGGCACUUAUUCAGAAAUUGCGCAAAGCCAAGAAGGAAGCACCACCAAUGGAAAAGCCAGCGAUUGUCAAAACUCAUUUGAGAGACAUGAUUAUCGUUCCUGAAAUGGUUGGCUCUAUUGUUGGUAUUUACAACGGAAAAACAUUCAAUCAGGUUGAAAUCAAACCUGAAAUGAUCGGUCACUAUUUGGGAGACUUUUCUUUGACAUACAAGCCAGUCAAGCACGGAAGACCCGGUAUUGGUGCUACUCACAGCUCACGUUUUAUUCCUCUCAAGUAAACUCAGUUUUUGUGUUUUCCAAGAUUUAAAUCUAAGCUCCGAAAUAAAUCAUUUGAUGAGCUGAAA